GUCUGAGUAAUCUUCGCCCUGCAACUCACUUUAACGGUGCUCUGCCUUUUCUCUUCAACAAUCUGUGUAAACUCCGGCCGUUUUUUGUUUGAAUGUGCUACUUUUCUGGCUCUUGCUGCUCCGUAGGAUUUCGGAUUCUCUUCCAUUUCUAGACAUUCUUAAGAGCCUUUUCGUUUUCUACCUCUAGCUUAGUUUCCAUAUUUUUGUUCUUAGUCUGAGCCAUUUUGAGUCAUUUAUACGAGAAAUUUGUCCGAGGUCUCUUUGAUUGUGGUUUUGAGUUCAGUAGCACUGUACUAGUGUCUUCUUGCUAUGGCUAUGUUGUGUUGGUAUUGUCUUCGAAGUUAGCGGACAAUGCGAGGUUUGCUGAAGAUGAAACGGCUUAUUGAGCUCUUCGUCCUGUUCGUUUUGGCUCCACUCUGUGCUAGAUGCGUAAACCUACCCUUAAACGACGACGUUUUGGGCCUGAUAGUGUUUAAAGCCGAUGUUCAAGAUCCGAAGCUGAAGCUCGCAACGUGGAACGAAGAUGACGAUAAUCCCUGCAACUGGACUGGCGUCAAAUGCAGUCCCGGAUCCAAUCGGGUCGUCGAACUCAACCUCGAUGGAUUCUCUCUCUCGGGUCGACUCGGCCGCGGACUUUUCCAGUUGGAGUUUCUACAGAGAUUGUCGCUGGCGAAGAACAAUCUUAGUGGAAAUAUAAAUCCCAAUUUCUCUCGGGUCGGCAAUCUUCAGGUGAUUGAUUUGAGUGGGAAUAAUUUCUCCGGUAUUGUUCCGGACGUUUUUAGUCAAUGUGGGUCUCUGAGAGUCAUCUCUUUGGCUAACAACAAAUUUUUUGGGAAAAUUCCUGAUAGUUUGAGCUUGUGUGGGAGUCUUAUUGCAGUUAACUUGUCGUCGAAUCAGUUUUCGGGUUCUUUGCCUUCUGGAAUUUGGUCUUUUAGUGGGCUUCGAUCUUUGGACUUGUCUGAUAAUGCUCUGGUGGGUGAAAUUCCUAAUGUAAUUGAGAAUUUGUAUAAUCUGCGGACUCUUAACUUGAGCAGGAAUCGAUUUUCUGGACAGAUUCCUGAUGGUAUUGGGAACUGUUUGCUUCUGAGAUCCAUUGAUCUUAGUGGGAAUUCUUUCUCUGGGAAUCUUCCUCAGACAAUGCAGAAACUUGUUUUGUGUGGUAAUCUUAUCUUAAGCAGGAAUUUGUUUGAAGGAGAUGUUCCAGAGUGGAUAGGAGGAAUGAAAAGCCUUGAAACUCUGGACUUUUCUGGGAACAAUUUUACUGGCCGUAUUCCUUCUACAAUGGAAAAUCUGCAAUAUCUAAAAGUAUUGAAUCUCUCUUCAAAUGGUUUUACUGAUAGCUUUCCGGAGUCUGUGAUGAAAUGCCAAAGCCUUUUGGCAAUAGAUUUCAGUCAUAAUUUGAUCACGGGUAAUCUUCCGGCAACUGGAAGUUUAGCCAAGCUGCAGUUUCUAAACCUGUCCGGGAAUUCUUUUGUUGGUCCUAUCCCAGAAACUAUUGGAGAUCUGAAAUCUUUGAGCAUUCUUGAUUUGAGCUCGAAUCGUCUGAACGUAACCAUUCCUGAUGCAAUUGGAGGAGCUGUGUCCCUAAUUGAGCUGAAGCUGGAUGGGAAUUUUCUAGAGGGUGAAAUUCCCUCUUCAAUUGGUCACUGUUCUUCCCUUACAAAUCUGUUCAUGUCACACAAUAACUUAACUGGCCCGAUACCAGCAGCAUUAGCCAAACUCUCUUAUCUACAAAAUGUCGACUUAUCCUUUAACAACCUCAAUGGAACCCUUCCAAAGCAGUUGUCUAAUCUUCCAAACCUUCAUAUGUUCAAUAUUUCUCACAACGACUUCAACAGUGAGCUGCCUACUGGUGGAUUCUUUAACACCAUCUCCCCUUCAUCCGUUGCUAGCAAUCCAUCCCUUUGUGGCUCUGUUGUUAACAAGUCUUGCCCUUCCGUUCUUCCAAAACCUAUUGUUCUUAAUCCCAACUCCACUUCAGAUUCCAUUUCCAGCUCUCUGCCUCCAAGUAAUAAUCACAGAAGAAAUAGAAAUAUCCUCAGCAUUUCUGUGCUGAUUGCCAUUGGUGCCGCUGCUUUCAUCAUCAUUGGUGUAAUAUCGAUCACCAUUCUCAACUUUCGAGUUCAAUCACCCACGUCUUCUUCAUCUGCAGCUGCACUUGCAUUAUCUGUUGGGGAUGAUUUCAGUCAUUCCUCCAGUCCUGAUGCAAAUUCUGGAAAGCUUGUGGUGUUAUCAGGAGAGCUCGACUUUAGCACAGGUGCACAUGCCCUGCUGAACAAGGAUUGUGAGCUUGGGCGUGGUGGAUUUGGAGCAGUUUAUCGUACUGUUCUGCGGGAUGGACACUCGGUUGCAAUCAAGAAGCUUACUGUUUCUAGCCUUGUUAAGUCGCAAGAGGAUUUCGAGAGGGAAGUUAGGAAGUUUGGGAUUGUCAGGCACCAAAAUCUAGUGGCACUUGAAGGUUAUUAUUGGACUCCCUCGCUACAGCUCCUUAUAUACGAAUUCGUCUCUGGAGGUAGCUUGUAUGGGUUGCUCCACGAAGCAUCAGAUGACUAUGUCCUGCGAUGGAACGAGAGAUUCGACAUAAUUCUUGGGACAGCGAAAGGUUUGGCUCACUUGCAUCAAUCAAACACAAUCCACUAUAACAUAAAAUCCAGCAACGUUCUUAUUGAUUGUAAUGGUCAACCGAAGGUUGGAGAUUAUGGUCUAGCUAGAUUGCUGCCAAUGCUAGACCGUUAUGUUUUAAGUAGCAAGAUCCAAAGCGCACUUGGUUACAUGGCACCAGAGUUUGCUUGCAGGACAGUAAAGAUAACCGAAAAAUGCGAUGUUUAUGGCUUUGGAAUAUUGAUUCUAGAGGUGGUUACAGGGAAGAGACCUGUCGAGUACAUGGAAGACGACGUUGCAGUCCUCUGCGACAUGGUCAGAGUAGCAGUGGAAGAAGGAAACGUCGAAGAAUGCAUCGACAGCAAGCUGAGGGGGAAUUUCCCUGUCGAAGAGGCCAUUCCCGUGUUAAAAUUAGGCUUGAUAUGCACCUCCCAUGUGCCAUCAAACCGGCCGGACAUGAGAGAAAUGGUCAAAAUAUUGGAGAUGAUCAAAUGCCCAUCUGAAUUACAAGAGGAGUUGGGAUAAACUCAGUCAAGAACACAGCUGCAGAUUAACCCGAGACACACUCCGACCGUAUGGUGAACAGGAAUUCAGUGUGCUUAUCUGAUGAUGCCAAUGGAACUCAAAACUGUUAUAUCAAAUGAAGCCAGCCUUGAUUUUGGCUUACUGUACUUCUUUAGUUUAUUUUUUAAAAUUAGAAGUCACUGGAUUCACUUCCACCAAGCUGCUUCCUAUUUAGUUCUAUUUCUUCCAUUCCCUCUGGGCCUAACUAUGAUCUGCAGUUUUGUGUGAUAAAAGCAGAGGCGGCAACUUCAGCAGAUUCUCUUAAUU